AUGCCAAACGAUAAUGAAGAACAGGCAGUAGGAAAUACGAUUUCCUAUAUUUCUUUAGACACCGCAGUUAGAUUAUUAAAAGAGUACAAUGGCGAAACCAAAUCCGAUAAAGCCCAUGAUUUUAUCGAUUCUUGCGAUAUGGUUUUUAGUUCAGUCAAUCCAGACAAUCAUGAAAUUUUGUUUAAUAUUAUAAAAACUAAAUUAACAGGCAAAGCGCGUUCCUUAACCAAGUAUAAACAAUUUUUUGAUUGGGUAGAUUUAAAAGAUUAUUUAGAGGAUGUGUUUUCAGAAAAACGCUCUAUUUCUUUCUGGCAGUUAGAAUUAAAUAGUUGUAAACAAAGUAGACAAGAAGAGCAUCUUUUGCAAAUAAAAUAG